AUCAUGUUCCCCUUAUAUAAUGCCCGAAAGGGCCUUUAUGGUUAAAAUAAAUAACUACAUAGUGUUGCAAGCCAGGUUGUCUUCGACUUCUUCAAUUGACAUACAAUGCAUAAUUUACAACAAACUUGUCACUCUUUUUGCAUUCAUUUUCCAGAUCUUUAUGACGGAGGACCGUACAGAGAUGGCAACGCCGGCAGCCAUAUUCGAACCCACGAUCACUGAGGAAACGACGACGUCGAAAUUAAAGCGAAAGUACAAAGAGUCACCAUUCAUGGUGUUUGGUCUUACCGGCUGCCUCUGCGCCUGUGCUUACGGGGCCUACAUGUACAGGAGGCGCAAGUUCUUCGACACAUCCGUCUACAUGAUGCAGCUGCGAGUGGCUGCCCAAGGCACGGUGGUCGGCUUCCUGACCCUCGGCGUCUCGUACAGCCUGGUCCAGAGAUACCUCCACCGGAAUCAGGAUUCUGAUGAAGACGGGACCAGAUAAUAACCCAGAGACUAGCACACUUGUGGAGGCAACACGCCCAGAUAGCUAGGCAGAAACUUGCUGGCACCGGCGAAAUGUCUAUGCUGAUUGCAAGUUUGUCUGCUUCUUGAGCUGGGGUUGCGGUGACGUCAAAACGCCGAGCUCUGAUUGGCUCCAAUUGGAAAACACGUGGGUAGAUCCCAAGGCAGCUAGCAUUGGGGUCUACCCACUAUUCCUCCAUUGGAGCGAAUCAAAGCUCGGUGUUUGGACGUCAGUGCAACCCCUGCGCAAGAAGCGGACAAACUUGCGAUAUGCAUUACACCGUGUACAAGCUGCGUUGAAGUGCAGGCAUCUCACUAUUCUGGCAUGUUUUGCUUUUGCUGUCUGGUUGCCUUCAGAUAGAAAAAUUUAUUUUGUAAUUGUUUUAUGAAAAAGGGCUUUAGAAACAGAUUUUUGUUUGUUAAAAUACUAGAAUAUUUUGGAGCAGCAGUGGCCGGAUAGGCAUUUGAUACCUGGAUUAAAUUAGUCUAAUUUACCAGUACUGCGUUCAUUGCUUAUAAUCACUGGCCACGAGGUGCCAACUGUGUCGCCUACUGUUAAUGGAUGAUGAGAGACCGCUGGGAGUUAUACCUUUGGGACGACUAACACCAAGUUUGUGUGCGUCUGUGGGUGGGCAGGUACGGAUAGGCUCAUGUCAUACUUGCUGAAAUGCUGAUUUACUUAUAAAUUAAAGACGAUGUGGAUAUGAAGUUUAACUCGAAAUUUUAUUUUGCAUCCUAACUAAUGCUAUGUUUUCACUGUUUUGUGGAUCCCUCAAGAUAUAACUUUUUGUGUUGACUUUUAAGCUUUCUUGUGCAGCAAUCUUCUUUUUCUUCUGAGGUACGGAAAGAGUUUUCUGGGUACAACUGACCAAUAAAUGUGCAUAAUUGGCAGUAUUUAUCUGUCAAAAAUUUUGUGAAGGUGUAGAGUUGAUUUCUGCAGUGUAAAACAACAUGCAUGUGUUCUUUUCGAGAAAAAAAAAAAAAGAGUACUGACAGUGUAAAGUGAAUGUAGUGCCCUUGUUUGGUUUUUAAAUGGACACAUUUUUAUUAUUACACAUGCAAAAGCUUGUAAUGAGAAAUGUCGUACACAGACAUGACGGAUACUGGCAGUUGUGAUAAUUGGGAUUUGUUCAUGUAUAAAGUUUUUAAAUCCUGUUACUACAAAUUCUUUGUUAAGUUGUGAAUUCUGUUUAUGUAGCUCUGCUGCAAUAGCUAAUGGCGAUUCCUGCUCGCAGUCUACUACAAUCAUUAGUGUUACUGUCGCCAUGUUACAAAAGUAUUUUCACUGUGCCUAGGUAUAUUGUUUUUCUUUUCAUAAUAGUUAACUCGAUACUGCAUAGUAUGGUGUUAUUCUGCUGAACCAGGCAAAGCAAACUGAUUACUCGGGUUUUUUGUCGGGUCAUGAAUAUGUAAAAUUUUGCUUGAAACACCAAUGAAGCGAGAAAAUGAACUAUUUAUUUUAAUAAAUGUUUCAAAGUUCCAGUUUA